AUGUCAAGAACUAGCACCGGAUUUUAUCCUUGGAAUAAUCGCACAUAAAACACCUUACUUUUAAAGGAUGAUGUUGGAAGAUCCAAGCCAUCUGCUUACAGUCUUCCACCUGUCGAUUACACUUAUGGCAGACCUCUCGAACGUGACGAAGAAGGAGCUAAAGAAGUUAGCAUGACUUGGAAAUACCACGCUGAAACUCGUCCUAAAGAACCAGAUCGUGAUUUUGCUAAGCUCAAUAAGAUGUCUCUUACUCAGGGUUUGCAUAAAUCAAAUCAAUUUUCUGAUUACAGAAAGAGAGUAGAUGCACGUAUGAAGGUAGUUAAGGGACGUAAUGCUCUUCCUUUGUACAUUCCAGAAGAAGAAUUCAGAUACGGUUUACCAAACAGACCUUCAACUCCUAUCAAGUUAGUUUUAGGAAAUUGCUAUGGUUUAGAAUUCUAACAGCGUAUUGAAUAGGAUUAUAUGUAUAGAUCUUAAUAGGAUUCAUUUAAACCCAGAUUACUACCUAAAGGUAACAAGGCAAGUGAUUUGAGUUAUACAUACACCAAAUAAAAGCUAUCUUAGAUUUAAUAAAACAACAAUAAGGAAUUAUUCAAGCUAACUAAAUUUAAAAAAGUUUAACCCAGAACUAACACUUAUUUACAUAAAAAUGUAACUGAUGUUGGAAAAACUUCGGAGAUUCCAAACCAUGAAGAACAUUAGCACUAUGAUGCUAACGAAGUUCCUAACCAAGCUGUAGAGUGA